UCCAGUGGCGACAAUUGCGGUGCACAAUUCAACUUGUAAACCCACUCCACAAAGUUCUCAAUAUUUCGUAUGAUUUCCUCGUAAAGAUGGCUGCGCUCAUUGGACACGCCACCAGGGCAUGUAAUUCUCGAUUAUCACAACUUCUUCGUGUUGUCACAGUGAGAGUCGAUGGUGUCCGGCACAAAAGGGGUGAACCACCGUUGCCACCGAGGAGCACCAUCAAAUGGAAGCUCCAGUGGGACGAGACGUCACUGGGUUCACGCGGAUUCCUGAGACCACUGAAGCCUUACGAACCGCCUGCGGAUGCCUCUCAACGUCUGGACAUGGUCUGCCGGGGCCAGGGACUCUCCCCUGCGGACUCCACUAGGAUCGACAAUCUCCUGAAGAGAUUUGAUUUUUUCGUGGCGUGCGAGAAGGAAUUCAAUUAUGGAAUUCCAAGUUCUCGGCUCUACACCAUGGAAACAAUAGGUGAUGUGAGGCAGUUCUACAAAACCCCCAUUGUCGCAGCUCUUCCUUUCGACUUAGUCAGGAAAACAGAAUUACCAAAGAAUCUUCACAUUCAGUACGAGUACCACAGAUUUCACCCAGCGACAGACACAAAAUUCAAUGGUAAAACAGCUUUCCCAUACAGUUCCACAAUCGUCACAGGAUUGAAGUACAAGAAGAAAUAUAAGGGCCACAAGCAGAAGAACCCCUUCGAGGACACCUACGAAUAGGCCGCAUUAUAAAAUUGUUCCCUCAAUAAAAUAAAUUAUUGAAUUUGAA